GUGACGUCAAUAGUAAGCGACUGUCUUCAGUUUGUGUAUCGGCUGCUGAGCUAACAGCUGCACCAAUUGUGUUUUGGUUUUGCUCUGUCUCCCAUGAGCAGUUAUCAUGAGGUAAGAAAUACAACAGCCUCGGCGUUCUUAUCAUGUGUGCUCAGUUUUUGCUGGCAGUUCGGGCUGCAGCUUUACCUCAAACCGUGGUAGCCUGUUAGCUAACAGCCAACUCCAUUGCAGGAUCAGCACCUAAUAUAUGCGGAAUGCGCAUCCAUUGCGGAUGUGGUGCAGAAAAAAAUGCGCAUCGAUGCGACAGAAUACAGAAGUCAACGUCAAUGAUAAAAGCGGACAAAACUAUUUUAAAAUGCUACACAGUUGUAAGCAGUGUUAUGUUUUGUUGUUGUAUUUCAGCUCUGGAGGUGAUUCUCUGCCUUGAUGGUGCAUCUCACUGUCUAACAGCUGGAGGUUUAGAUGUAGCUUAGCCUGCUCCAGAUGUUUUUACACCGUGUAUACAUGUUCUCAGUAACAUAUCAUUAUAAAUGAAAAUGAUAGAAAGGGAUUUAAGUGGCUGCAGCUAGCCAUAAAAGUCUCUGGUCGUCAUGCUGUAAUCAGCCAACAUGAUAUUGUUAUCUCUCACUAAGCUGCAACAAUGCCUUGAUUCAUUUUAAGAAUACUGUUAAAAACUGUUUUUUAGGGGAAUUUUAACUCUAUUUGUCUUGGGAAAUCAGUGUGUGUUGCAGCUGUAGUCAAAGCGGGUUCAUAGUUAUCUGAUACAGUAUACUGGAGAUUUGUAAUGUCUUCAGCAAUAGGUUCAGUUACACCUUGAACCUGUGUUAAUGGGGCAGCAGCUGCCAUUAUCAGAAUUGGCCCGCCAGUCAGUUCUGCUGUAAAUCACGUCUGACCCAUGACUGAGUACUACGAGGAGGGGGGGCUGCUGUACGAGCAAUCACCUCCCAUGCACAUCAAAGUGGAGUCUCCGGAGGGACCCUUUGGAGGGGGAGCCUCAGAAAACGGCUUCCCCAGGGAGGAUGAUGACUCGGAGGGCAGCUGUGACCAGAGCAGUGGAUUACCUGGAGGACUCCCCUUCAACGUGGUAGUGGUGCAUCCCAACAUCAUGGCACCUGGCAUGUCCUCAGAUGACAUCUUGUCCAUUGAACAAAACAGAGCUAUGUCAGCUGCACUGGCGGCUGGCGGUGCAGGAAAACGUAAAAGCCGUUUCAGUGGAGCAGAGCUGGAGGUGUUGGUGUCAGAAGUCACUCGGUGUGAAGGAGAGCUCUUUGGUCCUGCGGGGAGGCUCCGGCGGCGGGAGAGGGAGCGCAUCUGGGCAGGAAUCCUCGAGAGAGUCAACUCUGUCUCCAGAGUCCCACGCACCCUUCGGGAGGUGAAGAAGCGCUGGGAUGACCUGAAGAGACGCAACGGAGGCAGGCUAGCGGAUGCUCGCCACCGCAGCUGUUACCUGCCAUCCAGCAGAGGAGCCUCUAUGCUUGGCCGUCCUUCCCAGACUAGCCCCAGGCUUCAACAAGCCAGGCAAAAGCAAAGCAUCAGACCAAAGCCCAGUUUCCCAUGCUUUCCUGACUCUGAUACAGGUGUAGGAGUGGAAGGGUCAGAGAGAGAUGGUUUGGAGAAAGAUGAUGACAAUCCUGAGCGUGACAGAGAGAUGGGAGAAUCUGAGGGUGAACCAGUAGAGAACAGCAUGGAAGACAAAUUGGGAUUAGGACUGGGUCUGGGCAUAGGACCACCCCCUCCAUCAGAACGAUGGCUGCCUCCUUCCCCCCUCUACAGUGCUCCUUUUCUCAAUGGCAGCCCUCAGCCCAGUAGUCCUCAGCCUUCACUUGGAGCACAGCAGGGUCCUCUUGAAGCGCCUCCGCGCAGCUCCUGGCUUGAAGAUGAGCUACGAGGGUUAGGGGAAGCAGCAAUUCAACUGGGAAAUAGGGUGGAAAAAAGUCUGCGGGAGUUUGGGGAAGGUUUCAGACAGGACAUGAGAGCACUUGUCGCUUCGCAAGAGGCAUUAGCAGUCAGUUUACAACAAAACAAUGUCCUCUUGCAAAGGCUGUUAGGAGUGCUUGAGGCCCAGCAGCAACCACAGCCACAGCAACAUCGUGUACAACAAACACACCAAUCACAAACAUCUCUACAGCACUUACAGCCACAGCCAGCUCAGCAGCAGCAGCAGCUACAACACACAGAACCACUGCAGCAGCAGCAACAACAACAACAGCGGAUUGAAGAACCACUGCAAACACAGCUGCAACAUCAGCAGCAGCCACUUGUAGUACAACAACAGUCACAACAGCACCAAACACAAAUACAGCCGCAGCCACAAGUCACCCAGCAUUCAAAUAAUCCGACAGCUGUGGCGGUGGUUCCUGCACCAUCGUCCCCUGACAUACAUGACCCUUUCCCCUCUCCACCCACAAACACGAAUGGAAGUUUGCCGAGGCCUCGGCGAGGACGAGCAGUUGAUCACAGGCGCAGAAGACGGCGCUGAGGAGACAGCACUUAGAAACUCAAAAUGCACAUCAUGCAUAUUUGGUGUUUCAAAAUGUGACAUGAACGUAUGCUCUUUUUCUAUUUCUUUUACAGUAUUUCUGUAAAAUAGUAUGGCAUUUGAAGUUUUACGUCCCACAACCAGAAAACCUUCUCACACUUAAAUUUGUCUCAAAGAGGACUGAAAAUUAGACACAUAAGAUACAGUAAUAGGGUGGCCUUAACAUUAGCUUGGUUCGUCAGACAUACACUGAAAGACUCUGUGGAGAGACAUUUUCAAUCAUGGGACUUUGAAUACCCAGACAGCAACAUACUGUAGGUUCUGAUGUUUAAUAUGCAUGUCACUGUACAUGCUUUGCAGCCAAGCUGCGAAGCUCAUGAUGCUCUUACUAGUUCAGUACUGUCUCAAUUCUCCUGAUACACUAACUACAUUGUCAUAAAGUACUUGUACUGCAGUUGUUACCAUAUAUGGUAGUUAUACAGCUAUUGUACUUAUCUGCUAAUGUAUGCUUGUGCUUUUAACAUUUUCAUGGAAAAGUAAGUCUUUUCCAGCUUCGGUUGGACAAUAAAGUUAGACUGUGUUCUGUCCAGUGCAUUUUAAGACAACAGUGUUACAUUUUAAAGACUUGCCAGUUUUUGGUGAAAAACAAAAAUUGUUUUUGGUGGAAUUUAAAAGCAUACAUAAGAAUGUAGGGGCUAUUUAUUCUACUCGUGCAUGCAGUAUGAUGGAUGUGUUUGUAGAUAGUUGCAAAGAAACAGAAUAUGGCCAUCAUCUACGUAGUUUUGCACAAUCUAUAUUUUGUAGAUAGCGACUGUUCUGAUGUAACUUAACUUUAAUAAAAUUCAGACAUGGACUGCAAAUAAA